AGACAGCGACAUAUGCAGCCUAGAUAUGCGACCUCCGCAGGCUGCAGGUGGCGAUAUUCACACACACGCAUCGAAUGAUAAACACAAGAAGAAGAAAUGAGUUGAAUUUUCGCGUAAACACAUAUCAGUGGACAGAUUACAGACAUAAAUGAAACUGUAAUGGGUGACAGAAAUCUACCAGCAUGGAUGAACAGUAAAUCCCAUCAGGACAAACACACAUCGGGAGUCUAUAAAAAGAAUGUUUUGGAAGACGAUCUUCCUUACCUGGACUUUCGUGGGACAGUCAUAUACAGCCAUGAAAAACACGACUGCUCAUUUUUGUCAGAAGAUUUGAGAUCAAGUGUGUCGUCUGAUUCAGUGGUGGGAUUUGAUCUGGAAUGGCCGCCCAGCUUUACUAAAGGAAAGUCAAAGAAAGUGGCUUUAGUUCAGCUGUGUGCAUCAGAAGAGAAAUGUUACCUGUUUCACAUCUCCUCAAUGUCAGGCUUUCCACCUGGCCUGAAGAUAUUUCUGGAAGAUGAGAGUAUUGUGAAGGUUGGCGUAGGAAUCGAGGGCGACAAGUGGAAGUUAUUAUCUGAUUAUGACAUCAGAUUGAAGAAUACGGUUGAGCUGUCUGAAUUUGCCAAUGAGGCUUUGAAGUGCAGUGAGAAGUGGAGUUUGGAUGGUUUAGUCAAACACAUGUUAAAGAAACAGCUGUUCAAAGACAAAGUGGUACGCUGCAGUAAAUGGGAUGAUUUGAGUUUGACAGAAGAGCAGAAGAAAUACGCCGCCACCGACGCUUACGCUGGAUUGCUCAUUUAUCAGAAACUAAAGGUUAUAAUGGAGUCUGAGAGAAGAGAGCCAUCAGGAUCUACAGCUGGUGAUUUAAAGCAGAGAGUUCAUCAGAUCGCUCGUGAUCUCAAGGACUUAGCUGAUGGUUUUCCUGAUGAACUGGGCCGCUCGGGCAGUGCUGUGAGAUUGGUAGACGACCUCUCUCGGACUCUUACGUCUCUAAGAUGGUGUGUGUUAAAGAGCAAAAGUACGGCUGAUUCCUCACCAGGAGCCGAGUCAUCUGUACAACACACAGAUGAUGACACCGCGUUAUCUAAGGACAAGAGUCAAUGCGCUGUCAAACACAGUGAUGAUCAAACACACUCUCUGAUGUCUGAAUAUGAGCUACAGAUGGUGGAGAUGCAGGCCAGACAGGAGCAGUUGGAUGAGGAGUGUAUCUUAGCUUUCCAGACUCAGGAGCAGUCAGGCCAGCAUAACUCUUAUGAUGCCGAGAGUGAUGAAGAUCUUGAUGAUGAAAUGAUGAAGUGUGCUGAUGAUGUGGAGAAAGCAAAUAAUGGAAAGAAACCAUCACAGUCUGCUGCUGAAGAUGAAGAUGAGGAUGUUGAAGAAGAUGAGGAAGACUUGUUUGAUUCAAGUAUCCCACAACCUGUUUCUGAGCAAAUUAAAUGUCUGAAAAUGUAUUUUGGGCAUCACAACUUUAAACCGGUUCAGUGGAAAGUGAUUCAGUCCAUUCUUGGAGACAGGAGGGAUAAUCUUGUUGUCAUGGCAACAGGUUAUGGGAAGAGUUUGUGUUUUCAGUUUCCUCCAGUAUACUGUCAGAACAUCAGUGUGGUGAUUUCUCCUCUCAUUGCUCUCAUGGAGGAUCAGGUGCUUCACUUACAAAUGUCAAACAUUCCUGCUUGUUUUCUUGGAUCUGCACAGACCAAGAAUCUGUUUGAAGACGUGAAGAGGGGUAACUUCAGAGUCGUGUACAUGACACCUGAGUUCUGCUCUGGAAACAUCCAGCUGCUCGCACAGCUCAACCAAACCAUCGGUUUAUCUCUGAUCGCUGUGGAUGAGGCUCAUUGUAUCUCUCAAUGGGGUCAUGACUUCAGAAGUGCUUAUCGUGACCUGGGCAAACUCAAGAAAAAUCUCCCUGAUGUUCCUAUUUUGGCCCUUACAGCCACUGCGAGUCCAUCUAUUCGCGAUGACAUCGUAAAGAGUCUUAAACUGAUCAAUCCCCUCAUGACCUGCACCUCAUUCGAUCGGCCCAACCUCUUUCUUGAUGUUAGUCGCAAAAGUAAUGACGUUAUCCAAGACCUCAAACAGUUUCUCAUCAAAAAGAAAGGAGGAGAUUUUGAGUUCGAAGGUUCUGCCAUUGUGUACUGUCCAUCUAAGAAAGAAGCGGAGCGUGUGACGGCAGCACUGUGUAAACUGGGCGUCCCGUGUGGAGUUUAUCACGCUGGUCUCAGUAUGAAACAGAGGAGAGAAACUCAACAUCAGUUCAUGAGAGAUGAGAUUCAGUGUGUGGUGGCCACCGUUGCUUUUGGGAUGGGCAUAAAUAAGUCUGAUAUCAGGAAGGUCAUCCAUUACGGUGCUCCUAAGGAGAUGGAGUCCUAUUAUCAGGAGAUCGGUAGGGCCGGUAGAGACGGACUGCCCAGCUCAUGUCACGUCUUAUGGACGCCUGCAGAUAUGGCACUGAACAGAUUCAUUCUCAAUCAGUCCAAAAGCGAACGCUUCAGAGAUUAUAAAAUCACAAUGAUGGCCAAAAUGGAGAAGUAUCUCAAUUCAACCAAGUGCAGACGAAAGUUGAUUUUGUCUCAUUUUGAAGACAAGCGUCUGAGGAAGGUGACGUCUGGGAUUCUGGGUAGUCAACAGUGUUGUGAUAACUGCAGGUCAGGUAUGAACACAGUGGAUGCCGGCGGACUUCAGCAGGACUUUGGCGUGUGUGCGUAUCAGCUGAUGAAGGCCAUAAGCAUCAUGGAGGAAAGGUUUGGCAUUACAGUGCCCAUCCUCUUUCUGCGGGGCUCAAGCUCUCAGCGGAUUCCCGAUCGCUAUUUUAGGCAUUCACUCUUCGGCAUUGGCAAGGAAUUCUCGGAGUGUUGGUGGAAAGCUCUCGGCCGAGAACUCGUAGCUGAACAAUAUCUGAUGGAAGCUACGGGUCACAACAAAUUUGCCACCUUAUGCAAACUCACACCCAAGGGCAGAUCAUGGCUGAAUGAUGCUGAAGAUGAGAAACACAGAAGACUUUUGCUGCAUCCUAACAGAGAUCUGUACAGUAGAGUGUCUGCACCGCGGAGAAUGACAGGACAUCCAGUACAGGUUGAGUCUAAUGAAUACAACAAACAGUCCGAUUACACACAGAGGUCAAAGGUCAGUGCUGGAGUAGACAGCCGUCACAUGAUGGAGAAAGUGGGCGUGUCCUGCAGAUCAGCAGUCAAGCAGUCCACACAAACUCCUGCUGUUAAACCUCAAACACCAACUGUGUCUCCUAAAGAAAUCCAGCUACAGUCAGAGUUGUACAGUAAACUGGUGUGUGAACGACAGAAGUUAGCCAAUCUUAAAGACAUCCCACCUGCUAUACUGGCCACCAAUAAGAUCUUACUGGACAUGGCCAAACUAAGACCGUGCACAGUUGGCAGCUUGAAACAGGUGGAUGGAGUUUCUGAAGCUAAAGCAGCCAUGUUAACACCUUUGAUUGACAUCAUCAGCAGUUUCUGUCAGAAACACAGAUUACAGGUGGAUGUUUCCAGCAGUUGUGCUUCAUCUGUCCAGACACAGUCCAUCAGUGAUCCUCUCAAGUGUUGUGUGUCUCUACCGGACAGUGUCUCCAUCACAUACAGACUCUAUCAGAUAGAGCACAAGAGCAUGAGGCAGGUGGCAGAUGUUCGCUCCGUGCCUAUGGCCGUGGUGGAGUCUCAUCUGUUACAGGCUCAGAAGAUGAAGUGUCCUAUAGACACAGAAAGAGCUGGACUCUCAUCAUCCAUCUAUAACACUAUCAGAAACAUCAUCACAUCUCCUCCGCUCAACUCAGACAUGAGUGAUUUUAAAGCCAUCAGGUGUCGUGUCCCUGAAGAUAUCAGCAACUUUCUGCUCAAACUGGCGGUUUGUAAACUUCAGAGAGAAGAUUUACCAGCAUCAUCAUCAUCUUCUGCACAUCAGGACAUCAGCUGGAUAGAGCCGCUGGAUAAAGGUGGACGUGCAGGUGAUCGUGUGAUUGAAGAGUCACAAUGCGACUCAAACAUCAUGGAUCAGAGUGAAGAUGAACUCUUUAUUGAUCUUCCCAUGCCACAGGAUGAUUCGUGCUCCAGCAGUGAUGUCCGGCUCAAGUCAUGUGACCUGACUCCUCACAACACCGGUAUGGAUUUGGCCUCCUGGAAUCAGGACAACCUGGAUAAAGACACUCAAGAUCUCUUCAGCGAUUCACCGGUUAAGACUGUAAGUCAACCCGUUAAGAGAAAACUACCAGACUGGACUGCAGGACCAAACACUUCUCUUAAUGUUGCUACUGCCAAGAAAACUAAAAAAAAGAAAGGACUUUUCAUUUGACCUCCAGCUGUGUAUCCAGCACAUUGUGUAUUUCAUUUCAUUUUGUAUUUUCUAUUCAGAAAUUUUGUACAGCAUUUCACAUAAAUGUUUCAUGUUUGUGAUAA